UUGUUAAAAUAGUUAAUAGAACAUUAUUUAAAAGUAUUAUUAUAUUGUUACUGAUAAAAUUAGUUAACUAUCAGCCUAUACUCUGUCUAUAAUAUACUAUAGAUCUGUAUUAUGUAUAUACUUAUAUAAACAAAAAUAAAACUAAAACGCACCGAAUCGAUUGUACUUACUAAUCAAUCGAACAAAACUUUCUCAACUCUAAACUCUACAGAGCCGCAUUGUAAAAAGAAAUGUCUUCCCAUCUCCCUCUGACAUACGUCCGUCUCUCACAAUUUCUCAUUUCACCGUUCACUCGUUUAGCAAGUUACUACUUACUGCGACCAAGUCCCAUCGAAUACAUAACUGCUAUUCUCAACUUUAACCGCAAUGAAAUAAGGUUGAGAUUAAAAUGAGGGGAAAUUAUAUAACUUUGUCGCUUUCUUUCUAUGCUUGUAAUAUGUAUGUUUCUUAUUUUACUUGCAUUAAGUUGGUCAGUUGGCUAGUGGGUUUCCAAACGUCGCGUCGAGCGCUCGUCUGAAAAAAAAUAAUUAAAAAAAUGCCUAGACUUAGGCAUCGCUAUGUAUAGUUUUUGUUUUUAAUUUUAGCGCGGGAUUUAAACGUCACGAUGACAGUUAGGGAGUGUGUUUUUCGAGUGAAUUGUUUGGUGGUUUUAGUGAUAUUUUUGGACAUUUUUGCCUGUGGAGCGAUUGAAUAUGAAAGAGAUUCUAGAAAAUUAUUCGGCGGGUACCGAAUAACACCGACGUACUGCAAAGCCUCAAGAGCAGCAAAAUACAACCGAGGGAACACGAUAUGCAUGUUCAACCACGAGUGCCAACAGAGAGGGGGCGAGGUGGUCGGCGCGUGUAUGGACGGCUUCCUCUUCGGCGCCUGCUGCCAGCUCAAGUCUGACAGCCAAUCACACAUCCCCAAGGGCCCUGGGGUCGUCAUGACCAGCUACCUUGACUACCCAGAAGCAGAGACUGAAAGCGACGACUAUGACUCCGAUGCCCUCAACGCCUGGCACAACAGCUUCAAACCUAUUGUCACACCUGGUUACAGACCUGGAGAGAAGCCCUCAUCAUCGACUGUCAAAACUGUUGAUGACAAUACUGAAAAAGAAGGUAUAAUAUCUGAAGGUCUAAGUCAAAUAACAGAUACGCUGUUACACGCUCCUCCUAAAGAAGAUAACUUCAUUUACAUCAAACCAGCAAAACCUGAUGGACUAUAUACACACAGUUCUAUUGACCAUGGAACGGUAGACACAGUUCUGUUACAUAAAAAUGGCUCAGCAGUUGACAAUGUGGCGAGACCAUCAGAUUUCAACAUACAAGUGUCUUCAAUGCAGACGAAACCGACUCCUCCGCCUAGCUCAACAACAACUACACCUAAAACUGUUUCCACGCACAGACCGAUAUACACAAAACCUGUCUUUAGACCUAAGAAUAAGACUACAACGAAAAAUCCUUCAGAAAACUAUGUCCAAGUUUCAACCGUAACUAAAGAGCCCCAGAAAAUUACUGAAACUUCGAUCAAUAGUAUCAUUCAAAUGCUAAAUGAAAGUACUCCAAGUUUGAAGGAUGAAGUUACAUCACCAAUACCUGAUAUUGCUGAAACGAAAUCAUCACCAUCACCUUCAACGGCUACAGUUUCUCCAGUCCAAUACAGCAGUACAUAUCCAAACUAUUACUUAUCUACAGGUCACUAUGUAACUCUUAAACCUUCAUCAUUCGGAAGUACUGUAUUCUCAACUACUACAACCAAGCGACCAUCAACUUCCAAGCGACCCGUCAUUAUUACCAAAAAACCUGUAAAGUAUACGACACCGAAUUCGAUACCCAAUGAAAGCAGGCCGUCUAGCAAACCUUACUCUUCACCGAAACCUAGUCCGUCUACUAGUCAAGCCAUAGACGCGUUUAACCGCUACCCGACGGACCCUAGCGAUUUCGGCGACUCAGUAACCACUUUCAGCUACGUCAGCUCCACUACAACUCCACCACCUUCAUUCCAUACCAGCACCACUAGACGCCCGCCUUCUACCAGCUACGUUACCGGUGCUAAACCUGCCAGAAGACCAGUAACAUCACCAUCAAGCAUAAUAUCCAGCUAUGAUGUAGCUCCAGAAACUUUCUCAAGCGUGACACCUACUGUUAUAGUUCUAAACGGCUUCCAAACUACAAAACCUGUUGAAGAUAAAGAGCCUCAAUUUGUCGAGAUAUCUCAGGAGCCUUUUAAGAAACCAGUGAGCCAGAUCACAGUGAAUAACCAUAUAGAAUCGACUAACAAUAUUUACAUGGGCAAACCUCCGCAGUCCUAUGAAAGACCUUCAUCUCCAACUGUGGUUAUCACUCCGAAACCAUCUCCGACCACACCUUACCCUAUCAAAUCAUCUACCAGACCUGUCUCUGUAGUCAUUUCUACCAGUCCGACCUUCGAUUCUUACACGGAAUACUUCUCAGCUACAACUUUAAGACCUGAUAUGCAGACGUCAUCAGAUGACUUGAUUAAUUUCCCUCCAGUUAGAAACCCAAUGCUAAAUGCUACAGGAUCAAAUCCAGGGCUGUACAACACAAGCAUAUCUCUAUCUGACAACGAGCUUGAAACUCUUCACGGUGUUGACUUCACCACACCAACAUGGCAAGAGGAUGAGAAGCUAAACGAAAAGAUGAAUCUCUUCGUCAACAAAAUAGUCGGAAGUCUCCAAGGCACAUUCCAAGAACUACACGACAUAGUGAUUCUUGACAAAAAGCCGAACGCGACGAUCAUCAACUCAAAAACGACGACACCUAAGCCUAGUAAAAAACCGGUGACGACGCGAAAGCCUGUAGCCACGACUCGGAAGCCGAUUCGGCUGACAACGACGACUAAAAGGCCGACGGUGAAGACGACAAAGAAGCCUGUGAAGCUGACGACGGCAGCGCGACGACCGACCACGACCACGGCGCUGCCUACCACUACUGUUAUUACGACAACUGCUAAGAAGCCAGUGACCAGAAAACCCACAAAGCCCGUCACGAAGCCCCCAAAGCCAGCUAAAACCACCACCAUCGCACCCACCACUACGGUCACAACCGAGGCGGUGGAAGAGGUCACCACCGAGCCUUACGCUGACCAGACCGUCGACUAUAAUGACAAGAACUUAUGCGGCGUCCGGCCCCUGAUGAAGUCCGGGCGCAUAGUCGGCGGUAAGAACGCUCAACAGGGCGAGUGGCCCUGGCAGGUGCUAGUGCGAGAAUCCACAUGGCUGGGUCUGUUCACUAAGAACAAGUGUGGCGGCGUUCUAAUUACUUCAAGAUUCGUUACAACAGCUGCUCAUUGUCAGCCUGGCUUCCUGGCAUCUCUAGUAGCAGUGUUCGGCGAGAACGACAUCUCCCUGGACCUGGAGCCCCGCAAACCCGUCUCCAGAAAUGUACGGCGUGUCAUCGUGCACAGGCAGUACGAUGCUGCUACGUUCGAGAACGAUCUGGCGUUACUGGAGUUGGAGUCACCUAUUAAAUUCGAUGCUCACAUUGUGCCCAUCUGCAUGCCACCAGACGAGAGUGACUUCACGGGGCGCAUGGCGACGGUAACGGGCUGGGGCCGCCUCAAGUAUGGUGGCGCCGUGCCAGCUGUGUUACAAGAAGUGCAGGUACCGGUAAUAGAAAACAACGUGUGCCAAGAGAUGUUCCAGACUGCAGGACACUCGAAAAAGAUCCUCAGUUCCUUCCUCUGUGCAGGAUACGCCAACGGACAAAAGGAUUCUUGUGAAGGUGACAGUGGAGGCCCGCUAGUCCUCCAACGCGGUGACGGCCGCUGGCAGCUAGUCGGCACCGUCUCCCACGGCAUCAAGUGCGCGGCGCCAUAUCUCCCCGGAGUGUACAUGCGAACGACCUUCUACAAACCUUGGCUGAGAAGCAUCACCGGAGUGCAUUGAGGAACCUUACCUAUUUAUGUGAUGUUAUUUAUGAAAGAGACCUUUACCGAUGUUUCAAUGCAAAUGCGACGCAGGAUAGCACCAUUGACAACAAGCUGAGUACCUUUUCAUAGAUGGGUGAAUUUGUUAUUGUUAUUGUUAGAGUCAGACCAAGAUAAGUUGGCAGCGAUUUUGGCAGCCCAGAAAGACAACGUCAAACUUUUAUGAAAUUAUGACGUUUACUUAACACGUGCACAGGCUGGGCUAUCAAAAUCGCUGCCAACUUAUCUUGGUCAGUCUCUUCUGUCCUGUCAGCCAGGCGAUAAUUGUACCAUAGUUUGUCGAAAAACUCCUGUAGCACGUUUUAUUAUAGCGCUUGGUAGAUGGUUAAUUGUAGAAAAGGCUAGUAAAUACCUCAAAAACGUAUGUUUGCUUAAUUUAAAUGUCAUAUAACAGAGAGUGCCCCAGGCGACCGUAGUCAUGGUAACGAGGGGCGAUAAAAAAUUGAUUAACCCAGAUAAAAUCACCAAGCGUGGUAUAAAUAUCGUAAGCGCGAUGCAUAAAUAGCCUUGUCCUGUGCAGCGACAUCUACCGACAUUUUGGGUAAAUUUUACUGUAUGGGCCAGAUAUCGCACGGAAUAAAAUGCGCCAUACCUGGCCGGUGUCUUCAUGACUGUAAAAUGUUAUACAGUAAUAUCAAACUUGUCUAAAACUUACACGUAAAAAUGUUAAUUUAAAGAAUUUGAUUAUGAGGGCCCGUAUUUGAGCCAUGGAAGGCCUGCUAGUCUUUAAUGGCAUCAAGUCGGUACAAGACUCAUUUUUCAUUUUGAAUUAUAUAUUCGUAAGAAAGGGAUAAGACAUAAAUUAACAAAACCACAACAACUUAUGGGGAACCCACCAUUUUUCUAAAUGUUAGGUAGAGAUACAGUAGAAAAUAUAAUCCAACGCUGUAACCCAGAUGUAGUCAAUUUGGUACACUAAUAUAAGUUGAUGUUUAUAAAGUUUUAUGAAGUAGGAAGUUAGCAUUUAGAGUGCAACGAUGAACACUUGUUGCUGAUCAAAAAUCGAGCUUUGCCUCAAGGCAGAGAGAGAGAAGUUUAUUUUAAAAAAUAUCCACUACUUUUUUUGGCGCCACUAACUCCCUAAAGUCUCCCUGAAACUAUAUAUAUAU